UUGGGAAAUAAAUACGUAAAGCUCACCUUGACAGAAGACAGAUUUCGAACUAGCAUCAGCAGUGCUAGAUACCUUUUUUGGACCAAGGUAGCUAUCUUAUUCGACAGAUCACGAUCUCCCGAUUUCGAUCGUAAUGAGGCGCUGCGUGAGUCCUGGGCUGCGCUGAAAACGCAACCAAAUAAUUUCGAUGCGUGGAUUACUCUUCUUACUCAGGCCGAUCAAAGUAAUGAUGUAAGGCUGGCUCGUGACAUGUACGAUCGAUUUCUGUCUAAAUAUCCAUAUUGCUACGGUUUCUGGAAAAAGUACGCCGAUAUGGAGCGUCGCCAUCAGAAUUUUUCCGAUGCCCUCAAUGUGUGGGAACGUGGAAUUCUCGCGAUACCGCUGUCAAUUGAUUUGUGGCUCGGAUGCACGACUGAUUACUAUUUCGUGCUUUCCCUUUACAGAUUGUAUGAUCGAGCAUUAUCGAUGGCUGGCUAUGAAUUUCACAGCGAUCGACUUUGGCAAGAUUACAUUGCUUGGGAAGAAGCUCAAGGAGAGUGGCACCGAGUUGCUGCAAUAUACGAUCGUUUAAUUCGUAUUCCCACUGCAAUGUACAAAAGUCACAUGGAAAGGUAUGUUUUCACAUUCACGAGGAUUUUCGAGAUAUUUCACUUCCUUACUUCUACAAUAGCUAAAAAGCUGCUGGUAUCGUCGUCUAUGGCGACGAUCCCCAUAACUAUGUAUAUGGUAAAUGGUGCGGGGUCAAGCGAAUACGAGAUAAGUAGUCCGCACUCCUUCCCAUAA